AUGAGCAAUCUGCUCCCCAAGCACCGCAACGACAGUCAGAUAGUGUUCCGAUCGCUGACCAACCGAAUGGCCAACCACGCUCACGAAGAUCAAACAAAGAAGGCAGAGGAUCUGGACGACGAGGAGGGCGGGGCAACGGGAAUCGACGAGGCGGGCAAGGACAAAAUGGAGACCACAGCGAGGAAUCACAGCAACUUCAAUCUCGCGCCAUGCGGCCUUCGUGCUGAUGCCCCCGAUUUCGUCCCGGUUAUACCAGCAACCAGCACACAUCCCUAUCAGUCAUCUACGGCAUCAGCAAAAGGAAAGGGCAAAAACAAAGCUAAGCCCCCGCCUAAGCCUUCCAAGGUCACGAUCAAGUCAACAGCUGGUGACAUCGCCACCCGAAUUCACGAAGACAUUGCUCACAACCUCUAUGAGUGCCCCAUCUGCACAAGUGAAUUAGGCCGACGAAGUGGUCCACAAACGAAGGAGCUGCCGCUCAAAGGAAUUCUCGACAGCAAGAUGGCGAUGAGCUUGUUUCUCCUCGUGCCUGGCGCUGUCCUGGAUGCAAUCUUUCCCAUGAAAUAUAUCCAUCCACCUACAGCUGCUGGUGUGAAAAAGAAGUCGACCCUAGACCCCUCCCUGGUCUGCCCCCACAUUCAUGCGGUCAGACAUGCUCACGGCCUCGUAAGGGUUGUCCGCAUCCAUGCGAUACGACUUGUCACGCAGGUCCUUGUACUCCUUGUACAUCCAUGGGACCAACUCAAGAUUGUUUCUGCGGUCGGAAUUCAUCUACCAAACGAUGCCAAGAUACCAACUAUGAGCAAGGAUGGAGCUGUGGUGAAAUAUGUGGUGAUCUGCUCCCAUGUGGUGAACACACAUGUCCUCUUCCGUGCCACGAAGGGUUGUGUGGUGCUUGCGAGGUCUCGAUCGAGGCCCGUUGUUAUUGUGGUAAAGUGCAGACCGAGAUGUUGUGUAGCUCCAAGGAGGAUGACAUGGAAAGCCAGACAGUGCGCGAUGAUGGAUCCGAGGAGUGGACAGGAUGCUUCGCUUGCAAUGAAACCUGCAGCCGCCCGUUUGAUUGCGGUGUGCAUUUCUGUCAAAAAGACUGCCAUCCGCAAAAUUCGCAUCCUGCCCAUUGUCCUCGAUCUCCAGAUGUCGUGA